AUUCGUGGAUAUUGGGCCUAAGGUCAUAAAUAUAUACGAGCCUAACUAUAAAUCUUACUGUGGGCUCUGAUGCAAAAGCCCAUCAAUUAUAUCCUGAAUUCUGUAGUCCCUUGAGCUUUCAUCCUGGUUGAUUGAUGAUUGAUCUCUCGAAACCCUUGAUUGUGAAAUUAUUUUGGUUCCAAGUCCCGAAAUCUCUUUGAAUCAUUCUUUCCAUGGCGCUUCAUGGGUCUGGAUUUUUAUGCAAAGUUCCAAACACAGUAGAGACCACUUCUCUGUUUGGUUGUUCGACGAGGCUGCUUCACUUGCCUAAGACGACUUAUCCGAUUCACUUCAACAUGGUCUCAGCCAGCAAUACAUUCGAGUCGGGUCAUCUUAAGCUGCAAAACAAAAAACCGUGCUCUCGUCUAAGGCCAUGUCGAGUGAAACGCGAAGACAAUAACCAAACCGCAGAUGUAGAAAGCAUAUCAGUGGAUGAGAACACGUUGAAGCAAGAUCUCGAGACAGCGGUCCAGGAGGAAAACUACGUGGAGGCAGCUAAAAUCAGGGAUAGACUAAAAGAGCUUCAAGAAGACAACAGAGCCUCUGUUUUAUCAGCCAAUGCUCGGUUCUACCAGUCUUUCAGAAACGGGGACUUGGCGGCGAUGCAGUCUCUGUGGUCGAAAUCGGGAAAACCGUGCUGUGUCCAUCCAGGAGCCAAAGGCAUAACCGGGUAUGAGGAUGUGAUGGAAAGCUGGGAAGUUGUGUGGAUGAACUAUGAGUUUCCGUUACAGAUCGAGCUGAAAGAUGUCGAGGCUCAUGUCCGAGGGGAAGUAGGCUAUGUGACGUGUAUGGAGUUUGUGAAGACCAAAGGGAGUAGUAGCUGGGGAGCUCAGUUUGUGUCGAAUGUCUUUGAACGGAUCGAUGGGGAAUGGUUUAUAUGCAUUCACCAUGCUUCUCCUGUUGAUAUUUGAUCCCAAGAACCAAAAGAAGUAGUAAACACUAUUUCAAAACGUUUCUUUUGUUUCUUUUUGCGUUUGGAGGUUGCGGUGGGAUAUAUUUGCGGUUAAGGGUGAUGAAGGACUCAAAACAUCUAGAGCAAGUAGAGGCGUUUGAUUCUGUUGUGUUUGUACUCUCUGUUUAUUCCCUUUAUUUGUAGGCGCAACAUUUUAAAAAAAAAAAGAAAAUGAAGAUUUAAAAACAGUUUAGAAAAAUGAAUUGCUUCGUUUGCAAUAAAAUCGGCCAACAUUUUGU